UGCACAAGGUAGGCAGUCUUCAGACAGCUCCGGGCGCGCGUGCAGGAUUCCAGAAGUAACGCGGAAGUUUGAGAGAGAGAGAGAGAGGGAUGAAGUUGUUUAUGUUCUAACCUAAUACGCUUAAUGGACCAGUGGACACUGCAGACGUCGACGAGGCAGCAGAGCUGAAUUUCACAUUUCAAUUAAUGAUCAUCGCACCUUAAAUCUCCGGAAAUCUCCACUUCACCAUGCCCUUCCAAAAGAAAAGAAAACAGAAUGAUGUGGAACUGGAGAUGUGUAAUCAAAGCGUUAAAAAUGGCAGAGAGGACUUAAUGCCAAUGCUAAGCUCGCCUUAUACUGCUGUGCGAUCAUUUGACUGCAUACUUGUUGCACAUGAAGUUGAAAAUCAAGAUGAUCCGAGAUUCAGAAAGCAGGAAUUCUAUAUCAACGAGCUCAAAUCAAAAAAUCUGAACGUGACAAAAAUCCACCACGAUGAUAAGAUAUUCUACGGCAUCCGUGCCUCUGAGGAACUCUUCAAUAAGUAUAAGUACCUGCUCAAGGUGUCUGAUUCUUGUAACUGGAGUGCUGAAGAUGGAGGCAAUAUCCAAGACACUACAAGAAUCAGGAUUGUCUUUUUCAUCCUACACCAGACGUUUAUUAGGACUGGAGAGGGCUUUGGGGAUCUUAUGGAGCAUAAUGUGUUCGAGACCUUGUUUUGCCUCCAUGAGAGUACCCAGCAAGAGUAUCUGAAGAGGAAGUGGGCCAAAUGGACGGCUUUAAAACAUCUAGUCAGCCAACCUGUUGAUGAUAUUAAGAACUAUUUCGGUGAGAAGGUAGCAUUGUAUUUUCUAUGGCUUGGCUGGUACACACGCUUGCUGAUCCCUGCUGCCGUUAUUGGAAUAAUUGUGUUCCUUUAUGGCUUGGCUUUCUUUGAUUCAAACACCCUCAUAAAGGAAGUCUGUGAGUCAAAUGUCACCAUGUGCCCAAUAUGUGACAAAAGGUGCAAAGUGUGGAAACUGUCAGACACCUGUUUUUAUGCGAAGUUGAGCCAUCUGUUUGACAAUGAAGGAACUAUGGCCUUUGCAAUGUUUAUGGCUGUUUGGGCCACUCUGUUUCUGGAGCUGUGGAAGAGGCAUCGAUCGCUAUACGUCUCCAGGUGGAAGUGUUUUGACUGGUGUGAAGAUGAGGAGGAACUGAUCCUGGAUAUUGUAAAUGAUCCAAAUUGUAAUAUCAAGGAGUAUAAACACUCAUACCUACAGAGCACUCUCGUUCUUCUGCUGUUCACGUUGGUGCUGAUGGUGAUCAUAGGCCUAGCACAUGCUCUGGUGAUUUGUCGUGUGGUGUCUGCCAUGCUCCUAUCAAAUGCCGAGUGGGAGUUUCUGAGCGAAAAUGCCACCCUAAUUUCCAUGACUUUGGGAGCAGUGCUGCACUACCUCACUAUACAGGUUAUGACUCGGGUGAACAGAGCUGUGGCGUUUAAGCUGUGUAAACUAGAAAAGACUCGCUCAUUUGCAGCCACGGAGAGGAGCUUUACUGUGAAAAUGUUCACCUUUCAGUUCUUCACUCUGUUCUCCUCGCUAAUAUAUGUGGCCUUUUUUCUGGGCAGGAUUAAUGGCUAUCCAGGCAACUAUGUACGAAUAGGGGGAAAAUGGAGACUGGAGGAGUGCCACCCUAGCGGUUGUCUUACUGACCUCUUCAUUCAAAUGGCCAUCAUUCUUAUCCUCAAACAAACCAUCAGCAACAUAUUUGAGUUUGUUGGGCCGUGGCUUAAGCUUUUUUUAAAAAAGGCAACAUUUCAGAAAGACCUGGAGAAGUGUGGUCACUGCACUACGUCAAAAUGUCAAGAAAAUGGUCCUGGUAUUGAGCGCUGCGAUGUCUGCAAUCUCAAGGAUUGGCUGAAGAACUACCAUCUGAAUACUAUCCAUGCCUUCAGUUUAUUUAAUGAGUUCUUAGAAAUGGUUAUCCAGUUCAGUUUCACAACCAUCUUUGUAGCAGCAUUUCCCCUGGCUCCACUUCUUGCUCUCAUCAACAACAUAUUUGAGAUCAGACUGGAUGCUAUUAAACUGUUGCGCUUGGAGCGCCGCCUGGUGCCUAAGAAAACAAAUGACAUUGGUGUGUGGACUACAGUUUUAGAGGCAAUUGGGGUGGCAGCAGUCAUUGCUAAUGGACUGGUAAUUGGCAUUUCUUCUGAAUUUAUUCCUCGUCUGGUUUAUCGCUACCGGUUCGGACCAUGUGCCAAUGGGACAGCUACAGACUUGCAGUGUAUGGCAGGCUACACUGACUAUACCCUCAGCACCGCGUACUUGUCUGAUGCAGAUGUGCAUAACGACUUCACCUACGAGCAGAUGGUGAAUGAGCAUGGAGUAAAUAUAACUCAGUGCAGCUACAAAGCCUACCACACUGAAAACAACCAGAGCUUCACCUCACAGCACUGGCUCGUACUAGCAGCCCGCUUUGCUUUUGUCAUCUUGUUCGAGCAUGUUUUAGUCAUAUGCAAGUUUAUUAUUGCCUGGUUUGUGCCAGAUAAUCCCAUACGGGUGAAGAACAGCAGGCUACAUGACAAAAUGAGCAGGCUGAAACGCGAAUUACAGGAACUGAGUGCACAAUAUGACAACAGGACCACUGAUGUUUAAUUCACAAAGGUCUUUUGUGAAUGCCAUUCUUGGAAAAACUGAAGUUCUUACAAGGACUGUGUGUGCACAGAUGAUGCAAAUAUGUAGAUACUGCGUCAGAUGUAAAUGAUGGAGAGAUGAGAGAAACAGAUCGCAGCCUUGAUUUGUAUUACAACUAAAGGUCAGGACUGCGUUAGUAUUGUCCACUAAUUACAUGUCCAUUUUGUUUUGCUAGCCAAGACUCUCAUACACUUCAUAACAUUAUUAGACAUACGGUACAGGCAUGUGAAAAAAUUAGUAAACCCCAUGGAAACUCAACUUUUCUCGAUAUCUUUAAACAAGCAAACAUUUUAUUCUUUUGAUACAGUGCCUACAGAUAAAGGUGAUGAACAAAACAACAAGGAAAAUUAGCUCUUUCAAUCAUUUAUUCAGGGCGGCACGGUGGUGUAGUGGCUACGCGCCUCUCGCCCGUAGUCAGCUGGGAUAGGCUCCAGCUUGCCUGCGACCCUGUAGAACAGGAUAAAGCGGCUAGAGAUAAUGAGAUGAGAUGAAUCAUUUAUUCAACAAAAAUAUCGAUAGAUGUAACUUUCUUCUGUAGAGAAAGUAAGUACACCCUUGGCUUCAGAAGCUAGUAUUGCCAACCCCAAACCAUAACAUUUCCACCACCAUGCUUCACAGUUGGUAUGAGGUUCUUCUCCUGAAGAGCUGUUUUUGGUCUGCACUUCACACGUAGUGUCUUAUUGUGGCUAGAGCACAUUAUUCCAUAAGGCCUUGUCUUUUACAUUUCACAUUUAACAUUCCUUUUGGACAGCAAAGGCUUUUUCCUGGUACGCCUCCUAUGCAGGUCAAAUUUGUCCAAUCUCUUUCUGAUUGUAGAUGUUUGCACUUUGACACCAACAGUUACAAGAGUUAACUCAAAUCCAGUGAUCAAAUUUUGGGGUUCUUGGAGACUUUUUUUUUAGCAUCACACAGUCUGUUUUUGGGCUGAAUUUGCUGGAGCGGCCAGUCCUGGACAAAUCUGCAGUUGUAUUUACAUAUUGUAUAUUUAGCGCUCAGAACUCUUUUGCUAUGAGCGCUUUGUAAGUAUUUUUGUUUUUUUCUGAGGUCCUUAGAGAGCUCUUUAGAUCUUGGCAUGAUGAAGCCACACACUUCAGUAACAAAGAGAACACCAGAUCCUAGAUGUCAGGUUUAAAUAAGGCAGGUUCUACCUGCAGGGGAUUCAAACCAAUGGCACCUAAUCUGGACCACCUGAUUCUAAUGUUAUGGAUUUGUAAGGGUGUCUUUUUUUUUUUUUUUCCAAGUUAUGAAAGUGACUACAGAAUGUCAAUUUUGUGUCAUUUGUUGGAUUAUCUAAUCUUUAUCAAUAGGCAUCAUAUCAGAGAGUGAAAUGUUUGCUUGUUUAAAUAUAUUAAAGUCUACAGUUUCCAUGGGCUGCACUUAUUUUUCACAUGACUGCAGAAAAGGCAUUUAAAGAAUUUAUUUUUUUAAGUAUUUGAAAACUAAAAUAUUUGUUUUAGGGGUAAAUGGUGCAGGAUGGUUAUUUUGGCAAGCUUAAUACAGCUAGUUAACAUUUUAAAAAGCAACCUUCAAUAAUAAAUGAGAUUUUAGAGGGGGCAGGGAACGGUGUUCUCUGGAAAUGUGGAUAUGGUGUAACUUUUGAAAUUACUUGACAUGUAAUAACCUGGGUGGCACGGCGGUGUAAUGGUUAGCGCUGUCGCCUCACAGCAAGAAGGUCCGGGUUCGAGCCCCGUGGCUGGCGAGGGCCUUUCUGUGCGGAGUUUGCAUGUUCUCCCCAUGUCUGCGUGGGUUUCCUCUGGGUGCUCCGGUUUCCCCCACAGUCCAAAGACAUGCAGGUUAGGUUAACUGGUGACUCUAAAUUGACCGUAGGUGUGAAUGAGAGUGUGAAUGGUUGUCUGUGUCUAUGGGUCAGCCCUGUGAUGACCUGGCGACUUGUCCAGGGUGUACCCCGCCUCUCGCCCGUAGUCAGCUGGGAUAGGCUCCAGCUUGCCUGCGACCCUGUAGAACAGGAUAAAGCAGCUAGAGAUAAUGAGAUGAGAUGUAAUAACCUUUUAGCUGCACUUUCGCUUGAGUGCCACCCCAGCAAUGCAUGGUUAACCCCCCCCCCCUUUUUUUUCUGAACAUGUAACCCACAAAUUGCACAGUGAUUUGUUUACAAUUCUAUAGUGGAUGAUGAUAAUUACCCUUUUCCAUGUUAUCCUAAUUCAUAUUGUUCAUUUUCUCACAGGAGGUUAAAUGAAUCAAGUUUAGAACUACACUAUAAAAUCUCUUAAGAUUGAAUCUAGUUAAUAUUGAAUGCUAUUCAUAUUAUCACCACUUGAUGCCAGUAAUGGCAAGGUUGAACAGUGGCAUCAUGAGAAACGUAGAUUCCAUUAGCAAACACUUUUAUUUUAGGCAACUGAUUUUGUGCAUGCAGUAAGUUACGACAAUGCCUGACUGGAUCCCAGAACAGUUUGCAGUUUACAAGUUGUGUUUUAUGUAUUAUUAUUAUUUUGUACAUACAGUAUGAAGGGAGAACAUUGGGUUAUAGGAGUGAAAUUAAAUUGUGGUUGUAUAGCUGUAAGUUUAAACUGUGUUGCAAGAACUGUGAAUGUAUGAAAUCCACAAUUUUCCUGUCAUAUGGAAUUCUAUUCAGGUCUGAAAUGUUUUAGAUGAUAAUGCAUUAUGAGGAGGCCAAAUGAAAAUGUAUGGUUUUGUAUUGUCUCCCCCCCAUGUUUUAUAGGUGUCUAAGGACAUCAUGUAUUUUUCACGUACAGUUUCUUUUCAGUAAUAUGUAGAUAGUGACUGAUGUAUUGUACAAUUUUUUAUUUAUAUAUAUAUAUAUAUAUAUAUAUAUAUAUAUAUAUAUAUAUAUAUAUAUAUAUCUCCCUAAACUCACCUUCAGAGUUUGGGUCGUUGUUGAUUACUGCACAAUACAUGCAGAUACUAGAAACUAUAUAAAUCAAGUUUCACUAUGGAGAUCAGUGAGCAUUCAGAAUAAAUUCAACAGUCCCUUCACUCUC